UACAAGAAGUGUAUUGCUUUAAUUAAUGACAUGAUUCUUUAUAUUGCAGACUUGGCUGAAGUUGUCUCAGCAAGAAAUAGAUUUGAUGCCACAUUACAACUUUUAGUGGACAAAAGAGAUGAGGGGCAAGAAUCUAGUGAUGAAGGCGGUGAAAUUGAUAUUUGUCUCAGUGAGCCAUCUCCAAUGCAGUCUCCAAGUAAGCGUGCGUCUACCACUAGAGGGAGAAAAAGAAAGCGAGCAAAGGACGAUUCUGAUUACGAGCCCGGACAAUACCAGCACACAUACAUUAUGAAGCUGUUUGAUCGCAGUGUGGACUUAGCGGUCUUUGAUGAAGAUUCUCCACUCUACCCAAUUUGUCGCGCUUGGCUGAAAAACAACCCACACAGUAGAGAGCCUCCCCCCCACUCCCCCGCCCCAGAGCCCGAGUCAGCACCUGCCAGUGAAGAGGAGACUGAACGAAUUCCAGAUAUUUACAAAAUGCCACCCCCAAUAAAACAGGAUCCUGAUGACCAUACUGACUACAGGAUUCCCCACCCCGUGCCUCAACCUAAGACAUUUUUCUUUAUAUCG